AUGCUCGUUCUUAUCCAACCGCUAGCAAUUUGCUCCAUAUUCAUUCUAUUCGUCAUGUGUAUUUUGAGUUUUAUUGCCGUCUUUUAUAUUUGCAAGAAUCACUAUGAGCGCGUCGAAAUUGAAUUGAUGCACGUUCGGAUGAAGCCCGAAGAAGUUGCGAGAAAAUCGAAAAUCACACAGAAGGAAGCAUUUAUGGCUGUUGAAAUGGACGUGCCUUUAUAUUCGACACAAAAUCUUCCACAAAUCAUGCUUGCCAACGAAGAACUCCCUCCAGAAUACGCCGAGCUCGAAUCUGCACGAGCUUCACCUCUUCCUUCCUACGAUGAUGUAAUGUACUGUGAGCAACUCAAUCGCUCUUUUCAGAAUUUGUUGUCAGCCACCUAA